GUCGUCGUCCACACCAGCGACGAGAAGGGCGCCGGCACGGACUCCCGCGUCUUCGUCGAUCUCAUCGGCGACGCCGGCAGCAGCGGGGCCCAGCAGUUGGUCUCGAGCAAGAAGAAUCCUUUCGAGCGAGGAGACGAGGAUGAAUUCGUGCUGCAGGUGCCCGCGAGCCUCGGUAACCUGACGCACCUGAGGGUCUGUCACGAUGGCAAGGGCUUCGGAGCGGGAUGGCAUCUGGAUUACAUCGCCGUCACGGAUGUUGCCGAUCAGCAGGUGUACUAUUUCCUCUGCCAACGUUGGCUAGACAAGUCCAAAGACGACGGAAAGACGGAAAGGACGCUGGCGGCAAGCCGCCACUUUCCCAUCGCCGAAUACGAUGUUUCGGUUGCCACCAGCGACGUUCGAGGCUCCGGGACCGACGCCAAUGUUUUCAUUGAAAUCCACGGGGAGGAGUCCGCCACGCGCAGAUUUGUUCUGGAGACGCCCGCCAAGAACGACUUUGAGCGAGGGGCCACCGACAAGUUCGUGGUGCGGGGGCGCAACGUGGGCAUCAUGACUAAGGUGGUGGUGGGCCACGACAACAAGGGCCUGGGGCCCGCCUGGCACCUCCACAGGGUCGAUGUCACGAACCGCUCCACUGGCCAGGUGGCGGGCUUCGUGGCGGACAGAUGGUUCUCGAAGAGCCACGACGACAAACAGAUUGUGCGGGAGCUCAUGCCGACGGAGUCCGCGCAUGGUGAGCCAACCGGCGGCGCCAGCGUCCCUUGGCGAGCGGUGGUGGUGACGGGCGACGUCCGGGGUGCCGGCACGGACGCCGACGUGUUUCUGGACCUCAGGGGGGCCAAGGGGACCAGCGGGCCCAUGAUGCUGGAGGCGGCGGGUGACGUCUUCGAGCGGGGCCAGAGGGACGCCUUCCGUCUGCGGGCGCCGGACGUUGGGCCGCUGAGGGAAAUCGAGGUGAGCCACAAUGGCAAAGGACGCGGUCCUGAUUGGUACCUAGAUUCCAUCGAGCUAACGGAUGAGUCAUCCGGCAGAAACUACUUGUUUCUGGCCCAGAGGUGGCUUAAAUCGUCAAAGGGAACGUCGGCUUCUGCAACGCUGCGUCCGGAGGAGGGAGGCGGUGCGGCGCACGGCAGGAGCCGCUACCGCGUGGAGGUCACGACGGCCUGGCGCGUGGGGCGGGACCUCAAGGGCCCCGUGGCCGUCCGGGCCUCAGGGACCGGCGGCGACAGCGGGGAGCGCAACCUGGACGGCGGCGCGGCCGUUCACCUGCGGCCCGGCGCCACGGACGCCUUCCACCUGGACCGCAUGCCAGACGUUGGCCAGAUGAGCACUUUGGAAGUGCGCCACGGCUUCAAGGCGGCGUGGUGCGGCGUGGUGAGGGUGGUGAACGAGGACACAGGGGCCCAGGGGGUGUUCGUGCAGGAGGGCAUGCUGGGGAUGAGGGACUGCCCGGCAAGGCUGCAGGCGGAGGGGCGGGAUCCCUGCGACUACCAGGUGGAGGUGAAGACGAGCAAUCUCCGAGGCGCGGGAACGGACUCAAGCGUGUCCAUCACCCUCCACGGCGCUUCCAGGGCCACGGGGCCCCAUCCGCUGGAGACACGCUCAAAGAACACCUUCGAGCGCGGCAGCCUGGACAGAUUCACUCUCGACGCGCUGCCGCAUUUGGGCGAUCUCACCAAGAUCACCAUCGGCCAUGACGGGAAGGGAUUCGGCGCGGGGUGGCACUUGGAAGGUGUCAAAGUCGCCAGGGUGGCCGGCGGGGAUUCGUGGUACUUCCCGUGCCGCAGGUGGCUUGACAAGGGGGAAGAUGAGGGCAGAACGACAAGGGUGCUCCUGGUGGAGGAUACAGCGCGGCGCGCGAGCAACACUGACAGCGAAAAGGACCAUCUCGAGGGCAUGGCGGUUCGUUCCCGGGCGCCCGUAGGCCACACCGGCUAUCGAAUCACGUUUUGGACGAGCAACGUGUGGCUUGCCGGAACUAGCGCACAAGUGUUCUUUGAGUUGGUCGGGGAGUCCAUUUCCUCCGGAGUGCUGAUCCCCGCACAGGGCAAGCCAGACGAUCAAUUUGCCAGGGGAACGGCAAGGAUGUUCAUCUACCCACGGCUGCCCUAUUUGGGUGACAUAAAGGAACUGCGAGUUGGGCUGGAUGGGUCGGGGGUGUUCCCAGGGUGGCACUUGAGGGUGGUGGAAGUUGAGCACAUCAAGAGCGGCGCGACGUGGCGGUUCCACUGCCACGGCUGGAUAGACAAGAGGGGAGGAUGGCAGAGGGUGCUAUACCCCGAGGAAUCGGUUCUGCUGUCCCACACUGUGUAG